AUGUCGAAGAUCGGUAGAAAUCAAACUGAUUGUAUACCAGAUAUUUUUGAGCUGUUGCCAAUUCGCGAAUACCGUUGCGAAUUUGAUUGCGGCAAGGUGUUUAAGAACCGUAGUCCCUACGAGUUGCAUCUGCAGAAGAAACAUGGUGUUGAUAUCCAGGAAAAUGUAAGCCAGUCCUUUCGAUGUCCUGUAGGCGACUGCGAUUACGUCGGGGCACGUCUUGGUCUGCUACGUCGGCACUAUCAGAGCCAUCAUAUGGAGAAGAAAUACGAGUGCAGUGCCUGUAAUCGUAAAUUUCUCUUGGAGUCGCGAUUCCUGAAACACAGAUGCGAAGAGCAAAUCUACAACUGCCACAAUUGCCUGAAGUUCUUCCACUUAUUGAGCAUGCGAAAUAGACAUGUCAAGCGUUGUGUUAAGAGAUCUUUUACUCCCAUCCCAUCCCACCCUAUCAGCAAGGCAGAAAGCUUAGAGAAAGUUGGCGAGAGUGUUCAUUGUGUGGGCUCCCAAACAGACGACGAAUUAACUAUCGAUGAAUUCGAACAACUGCUACAAAAUAUUGAAAAUAAAGUUGUUAAGGAUCCCGCAUUGAUCGAGGAAUUGGCAGCUUUAACCCCGCUGCUGCAGAGCUUGCAGUCUUAA